AUGAAUAUUAGUGAUACUGCUGAUAAAACUACCAACAAAGAGAAGUCUGGGACAACCGAUGAGAUGACAUCGGAGAAAGAUAAACUUUUGGGAAUCAGAAGUCCGGAAGGCGAAGUAGCUUUGUACCCUGCUAGUGCUAGUACAGAAUCUACUGAACCUGAUUUUAAAUUUGUUCUGCCUGUCAAAGGUUUUGAUUUAGGAAGCUUUUGCGGAGAAUUGGAUCAAGACAUGUUAAUUGAAGGUAGAUUACAACUGGAAAAAGAGAUUAACACCGUUAAAGGUCAACUAACACAACCAAUAUACGACUUACUGCACUCUGAUGCCUUAACCAAAGAGAAUCUACUCAGAGCCAGUGAUAAAGUUACUAACUCUACUGUGGAGAAUAAAUUCGUAUUGCUAAAGAGACGCUACUACGUUCAAGAGAAUUUACUACACGAUGUGAAGCGUAAAGAUUUAGUAGUAUAUGAGCCAAAUGAGCUAUUCGACUUAAUAAUGUCUGUUCAUGUACUGAAUUCACAUGUUUCGUCUAAGGGAAUCUACAAUGAACUUUCGACCUUCUACGCAAACGUCACUCAAUCGUUCUGUAAGUUAGUGACAUCGUUUUGUUCUAAAUGUAAUGAAAGUGGGAACAAGAUAAGCUAUAAAAAAUUUAAACACGAGAAUAUACAUGCAAAUCUAAUUCCAUUGGGUAGGUGUCAUGUUGAAAUCUUUGCACCUUUUGAUUCGGCCUAUCAAGGGAACGACAACACGGACGAGUUAAAAAUUGAAGGAAAAUAUCCAUUUGUUCUGUAUUGUAGGGAUUAUUACUCAAGGUAUGUCUGGUUAGAACCCUUGAAAAGUGUUACCUUAUCUGAUCUAUUGCCAGUGAUGACAAAAUUAUUGUUUUCCAUGAUUAGGAUGCCCAUCUUUAUCGACACAUGUACUUUGGAUAGACAGGAUAUGUUCGAUGUUUGUGAGAAUAUUGCAAGAAUAUACAAAAUUAAGAUCGGACUCGGAAUGAACAGCUCUACCAGCUUUCAGAAAACUGGAAUCAAAAGAAUGAAAUCGUUAUUCCUCCAACAUAAGGAAGAAUGUUUACAUGAUUGGAACAUGUGUUUAAAGUUGGUUGUUUCGAGACUAAACCAAAAUUAUUCAGACAGAGUUCGUGGUGUUCCAAGCGAUUUACUAUGUUCAACACAACAAGAUUUACAUAAGAAGUUCAGGACGUUACAAAGAAAUGUCAUCUCUAGACUGCUGGGGCAUCAUGUUGUUCAAUUUGAAGAAGCUGGUGGAAUGAUUUACCUUGAAGAUGAAAAUAGCCCAAAUCUACUUCUUUCCGGAGAUGACAAUAGUGAGGAAUCAGAGCAUGAUUCAGAAAUAUUCGAUGAGCUGGCCUCUUCUCGAGAUGGUACUCCAAUUUCUGAACAACCUUCACCACACCGAACGAACAUGAAUUAUGAUGGGAUAAAUCAAGAAUCGGAGAAACACAGGAUAACAAAAAAGAGAUCUAAAAAGGUGAGACGUCCUUUAGAUCAAGACAAGCAUGCUACGCGAGCGUCCGUAUACAACCCGUAUAACAUUGCUGACGUUUCUAUGGAGCUAUGA